AUGAGACAUAGCACAAGCUCGAAGAAAGAAGUCAAUAAUGGACGUCCCUUUAACGACAAUAAACCAAUUAGAAUAGCUGUCAUUGGAGGUAAACGAGCAGGCAAAACUUCCUUGAUAUCCAAUAUCCAAUGGGGUGGUCAAAAUGAUACUUAUUAUCCUACUACUCAUGUGUAUCCGACUUUGGUUGAAUAUACACCAUCAACCACUUUAGCAAGAGCUGCUUUUGAUGAAUUAUCUCCCGAUAUCAUGCUGAAUUUGGCAACCGAAGUUGUUAGAAAUGGAGGUGCUUUAACCUUAAGUUCAACCGUUCAAACCGCAUUUCAAAGGAACAAAACCGGCUCAACAUCUUCUCAAAAACUUCGUCGAAGUUCAUCCACCAAAUCCAAUCGAAGAUCAAGUGAAAACCUGUUGAAUGGGACUUAUGAAAUGGGGUAUAUUCUCCAUUCCAAAAAUAGUGUUUAUGCCACUUACAAUACUAAGCAAGAGCUACUAGAACUGUCUGAGUCCUCCAAUUCCACUUCGAAUUGGCCGUUACCAAGAGUAUCACCAAUUCUCGUGGAACUAAUUGAUACUCCCUCUUUUAACCCGGAUCAAGUAGUGCCCUUCAUAGAGGUUUCACUUCAUAAGAAACUUGCUAAAGACGAGCUACAUAAUUUAGCCAAUGAACCGGCUAAACCAGUACUGGCCAAUCCACUCUUAGUGGCUAGUGGUGCCAGUGAGAUGAAUGGUAAUAUAGAUGGUUAUUUCUUUGUAUACUCUGCAGUACCCACUGAUCAUCCCCCAUCUUAUGACGAAGGGUAUAGUUGUAUGUCUUCCACAGGGUCAGCUCAACUGGAUGGAGUACUUACACCCGUUGCCACCAAUAACAGUUGUGCAGUAGCAGCAGCUGCAGAUAACAAUGGAUCUGCAUUAAGUCUUUUGGAUACAAUGCGAGUGGCUCUUAUGCAAGCGUGGAAGGAGUAUCAUUAUUAUACGUCACGAUGGAAUCAAGGUCAAGAAGCAGACAUUUAUCUGUUCAAACAAGCAAUGAAGAACAUGUGGAAACUUGGUUCCAAUGUUCCAAACAAGCAUCAACAACAGCAUCAACAAUUAAUGGAGGAGAUUCCAAAUGAACUUCCUCCUAUAUGGAUUGUUUGUACACAUACAAAGAGUCCAUUGAAGGCACCAAAAUUGGUUGAAGAAGGCAUGAAGAAGGCUAAAGAAUGGGGAUGUGGAUUCAUUACUGUUGAUAACGAACGUCCAGUUGAUGAGUGUUUAGCUUUGAUGAUCCGUGAUAUAGUAGAGACUAAUCGGAGUAAGAAGAAGAAGUAA